UCGUGAAUAACCCCCAAUCAUCCGUUUCAAGCGUGCCGUUUUCGAGGUUCGCAUCCUGGUACUCGGCCAUAUCCUGCCAUGAUGAUGGGUCCUCGGGGUCCUGGCCAAAGGAGGCUUGGUCCCCUCGGAACUCUUCUUCACCCACCCAUUGCUCGUCGUCGCUGCCCGCGAGCGAAACGUCUUCCAUUGCCUGAAAUUUUGAAUAGAUACUGUAAAUAUGAUUUAGUUUAUCAUUAGUAUUUAUCCCUAUUGUUUUUGAGUUAAUAUUUUGGUUAUUAUUUCUUUUAUCGUUUAUUUCUAGAUUAUAAAGUUUGUUGAUUGGUCUUUUCAGAAAUUUUCCUUGGACUUUUACUAAGGCGCUUCGAAUUUGGUCGUCGGCUCCGGUGUAUAGCUUCUCGAUUUUUCCCACCUUCCACUGAUUUCUUUUUCCCUCACUUUGCUCUAUCAAAGUGAGCUCUCCCACUUUAGGGGGUUGAUUGUUUUCUAGUUUUCUUCUUUGUCUUUCUAAUAACGAUGGUAAGUAUUCUUUCUUCCAUAAAUCCCAAUAAUGUUUAGCUAAACUUCUGUUCUGUGUGUAUCUUUUUAUCAAUUCUGCUCUUGUGUCUCCUUUUGGGAUAUAUUCUUCUUCUUCUUCAUCUAUUUUCAAGAUUGGUUCAUUGUCUGGGUACGGUACUAAAAUUUUCCAUGGUGUUAUUACUUCAUUUAUUUCAUUUUCUGAAAUAUAUGUGAGUGGUCUUUCGUU